AUGCCGCUCGCCCACGACGCCCGCCACCGCACAGACGCCACGCGCGACGUCGCCAACCUCCGCGACGCCUUCUCACGCACCGCCAUUCGCGCCAGGGGCGUCGCCACGUCGCAACAAUUCAAAGAUGCGCAAGAGUGGCUCAGAGAGCGAGAUUACCGCGCGUACCUCCUCGCGUGCGGACGCCUGGACGCUCGCACCGAUCACAUGGACCCGGGAGCGACGCCGUUCGAUCUUGUGCUUCGUUACGUGGUCGGGAAGACGCCGAAUUUGGUCGAUCAGAGCGCGCUCGGCGGGUUCGAGGACGAGUUUGUCGUCUGUCAUCGAGACGCGCGCGCGGACGCGAGAUGGGACGACGCGAGCGGCGCCCCUGGGUCGCUCGCGGGGGCGGAUAGGGUGAUCGGGGGAUUACCAGGGCACGUGGUGAUCUCGACGCGCGAUGCGAGGUGGCAGCGGUCGAAUGUGUGCGCGCUCGGAUUGGGCGGCGACGAGAGGGAUCGAAGAGAGGCGACGGCGUUCUUGUUGAGGAUGCGCGAGGCCGCGAUGACGUACGCGCGGGCGCGGGGAUGGACGCGUUUGGGAUUAUAUUUUAGGUUUUUCGGGUGCGAGCCCGAGGGUGAAGAGGAGCCGGGGAUCAUUCGGUUGCACGCCGUGAACUUGGCCCGCGCCGGUCCGUGGCUGAGACGAACUGCAAAGGUGAAUUUACCAAUCGACGACGUGAUCGAGGCCUUAGGAGGCGCUCGCGCGUCGCGCCGAGGAGCCGUGUUGAUCGUUUCGCCAGGAACUGUAGAGACGAUUCCGAGCCAUGCACCGUACGAGCGAUCGGUUGACGCGUUGGUGGAUGACGCCGACGCCAGCGAAUCGAGUGAUGAAGAAAUUGAGGUCUUGAUCAAGCGCGUUGUUGGCGCCAACACCGCUUCGGCACCGCCACUCGAAGACGAUGUGGUCAUCCCCGAGCAAUUCAAACGACAUUAUGAAAGCGUUUCAUCUGCUAAGAAUGUUAGAACGGCGGUACGCGAUGUUCAAGACCAAACGAUGGAUGGCGAUAGCGCCGAAGCGAGUGGAGCGUUUUUCGACGACCUCGGAUGGCUUCGCGCGUAUAAAACACUCAGUUCACCCGCUCACGUGCAACGCGCGCUGAGAGAAGUCGGUCAAUGA